AUGACUAAAGUUCAAGACAUUGUUGAAGAAAUUAUCAAGACCAACAAGAUUGCUGUCUUUUCCAAGACUUAUUGCCCCUAUUGCCACAGAGCAAAGGAAGUGUUAAAGCAACAUGGUGUACAGUUUUUCGUAAUGGAACUUGACAUAGAAGAACUUGGUUCUGCUGUUCAACAAUAUCUCCAGGAAAAGACCGGUCAGCGUACUGUUCCCAAUAUCUUUAUCAAUGAACAACACAUUGGUGGCUGUGAUGACUUGAUGAAACUUAAUAGCUCUGGUGAAUUAAAGAAGCUUUUACAAUAA